AUGACUUCUACAACAACCAUAAAAAUCUGUUCGAACGGAGAUCACAUGGAUGUGUACGAAGAACUGGGAAAUAACCUGCUACAGGCCCUCUUAACCUAUAGCCAGCGUUUGCGCCAAGAGAACCUUUCAAUGUUAGGAUUGUUCCCUAACUCUUCUGAAAUAUCGAAGUCCCUUAGUGAAGAAGGGCGUAGAGAAAAGGGGAGGGUCAUUGAGCUUGCACAAGAAAUAUUGGCCACGACCAUAGAUCCAACUACAAGUCUCUUACUAGAUUCGCUGCAGUUCCACUUUUGUUCAUGCUUGAAGGUUGUCCUCGAUUUGGGAGUAGGGCAUCAGAUGCGAAAGGAUGAGCAGAAGUCGCUGGAGCAGUUGGCUAAAGCAGUGGGAGCAGAUCAAGCGUUACUCACCCGUAUCAUGCGGGUUGUGAUGACAAAAUACGUCUUUGCCGAGCCUCAGCCAGGUGUCUAUUGUCAUACCUCAAUCUCAUGGGAAAUGCAAGAGCCAGCUAUGCACCAUCUCCUCCUCCAUCGCCUUGAUGAGGGUUUUCGAUCGGCAAGUCGAGAGCCAGAUGCACUACGACUGAACAACUACCGCGAUCCAUUGCCCGACGAUAUGAGUGGCUUUAAUCUGGCAUUCGACUGCAGCGAAAAUUUCUGGGAGUUCAUCGCUAAUACCGAUAUCAAACGAGGUCAUCGAUUUAACCAAGCCAUGAAAGCUGUUACCAUCAACAGUUUGGCGGAAAUACCAAGCCUCUUCCCGUUUGCGAGUCUUGCCAAGGAUGGAGGUCUGAUAGUUGAUAUUGGCGGCGGUCUAGGUCAAGUCAGCCGACAUAUUCUUAGCUGCAAUCCCGGGGCAGGGCUUCGUUGCGUAGUCCAAGAUCAACACGCCUUUGCUGGUUCACUACCCAAACGGCCAGAUGAGGUUGAUGUUCAUGAGAAAGAAAACGAGGCGCUAGCUCUCGAAUUCCAACAACACAAUUUCUUCGAUCCUCAGCCGGUCAGAGGCGCAGCAGCGUAUUUUUUUCGCCACAUAUUCCACGAUUGGUCCGACACGGCAUGCCUAAAGAUCCUGAGGCAGAUAAUUCCCGCCAUGCACCCGCAACACAGUCGCAUUUUGAUCUGUGAUCAAAUCGUAGGGGACAAGUCCCCAUCAGUAUCAUCAGUCCUCUAUGAUGUUGACAUGAUGACGUUGUUUGGUGGUAAGGAACGUAGCUUGCUCCAAUUUCUUGACUUGAUCAAGGCGGCUGAUCAGAGGUUUUACAUUGAUGAUGUAAAAAGAUCUGCCGGGUCUGCUACGACUAUCAUUGUAGUUAAGCUCUCAUCGUAG